AUGGGCGAGGACGCUCGCGCCGACCGCGAGUUCGUGGCGUUUGCGGGCCAGGGCCACCGCCUUGGCAUCGCAGGGGAGAUUGUGCCAUCUCGCCGAGCACCACCUGCUCCAGGUGCAGCGCCAGCAGCGGCGGGGCCAGCAGAGCCGCCAGCGGCGCCGCUGGCUGGGCCGUCAGAGCCACAUCCAUUGCUGGUCCCUGGAGUGAUCGCACUAGACUCCCAAGAACCUGAGGGGCCUGGAGGUGAACCAGAGUAUGCAGGUCCACCAGUUUCGAGCUACAUGGCGAAAGUGGAAGAGGCAUCCAAGUACGUGUCCAAGUUCACCGACCUCAUCACUGUCGCGAGCAGUUGGCUCGAAUGCCUGGAGGGCAACACGUGGAACCAGAGGCUGCGUGCUGAUGUUUGGGCACUUCUGCAGGAGAUGAAUACCUUCACCAACGAACAAAAUGAUAGCCGCUGGAGCAUCGAGAACAUCGACGGGAACGUGAACGACGUCCGCGACGGCUACGAGAAGUUUAACACGAGGGUGCUCAACCUGAAGAAGUGCAUGCCGCAGAAGUUGAGCGGCUGCGACGAGACGAAGGAGGGCGACGCUGACGAGGACGAGGUCGACGAGAAGGCGCUCUUCGGCGGACCAGACGUCGGACAAGGCGCACGGACGAAGGGCGCCGUUCACUCCACGGGCAACCGCAAGAAGAAGGGGGCGGCGUCGAACAUGGCGGCUGCAGACAAGGGCGAGAAGAAAAGGGCGGCGACGGGCAAGGCGGCCGCAGACAAGCCGUCAACGCCUGACAAGUCGAACGGCAAGAAGAAGAAGAAGGCGAAGGGCAAGCCGAAGGCAAAGCCUACGUUGAAGAGGCGCAACUCGGCGCGCCCACUGGAGAUGCCGCCGAAACGGGCCGCUGCGAAGCUGUCAUCCGUGGCGUGUGAGCUUACUGAGGAGGAGAUAGAGGCCGCCAGGAGGCUGCUGGCGGCCGCCGACCAGAAGAAGAUCAACAGCAUCAAGCAAGGCCUCAAGGCAUUCGCCAAUGCUAACCCCGACUCUGAGAUCACGAAAGAGAACCGCUACACCGAGAAGUACAUGAUGGCCUUCCUCGCGCACCAGGCCCGCUGCAGCGACGCGCAGAAGUCAGUGUCUGCGUCCAAGGAGGUGAUCAUCGGCAGCUCAAAGUUCACGGAUGUGGUCCGCAUGUCUGUGGAGGCUAUGGACCGCGAGAUCGGGCCUACCAAGGCCGCCCUGUGGCGGACAGUGCUGAAAGCAUACCCAGAUUCGCUCACUGGCCGCACCGAACCAGAAUACUUAGAAUACGCCGUGCCAAAGAACUGGGAGCGAAUGACAGAGCAGGAGAUGAAGAAGUUCUUCGUGACGGCGGGAAGUGAUGCUUCCCAGGACGACGUGGAGCAAGCCAUGCGCACUGGAGGUCCGAACAUGGAGCUGAUGGAUUCCGCGCCAUCGAGCAGCGGCGUCAACCCGACCGCAGUGAAGGUAGAGCCCGCCGACGCGGAGGAGCAGAAGAAGAAGGCUCUCGCGCUCAAGGUGGCCAAAGUCGAGAGCGACCUGUCACUGUUGGUGCGAGAGUUUCAGGACAUGAAUCUCGACGUGAGCCUCAUCAGGACCAAGGCGAAGACGAAGAACGACCCCUACCAUGCCGAGUUUCGCAGUGACGUGGAGGCUUGCCUGAAAAAGAUGAAGUCUACCAAAUCGAUCUUGGAGCGCAUGCAUACCGAGCAGGCGUCGCCGUCAGAGAUUCCCAAACUGAUCGAUCAGAUGGAGAUGCUCCGCUCGAAGUGCACGCAGAUCGUCGAGUUCUCGAAGAACAACGGGUACAAGGAUGAGGACAACAAGAAGCGGCGCAAGAAGUAGUGAGUCGUGGAGUACAGGCAGCUUCACCUCAGGCAGUUUGCCUGCGAGGUUGCGCACCUUCAGCGCUGCUGAGCACCGCGGGGAGUGGU